UGGAUCAUUUGUUGUCCUGCCGGUGGAUGCUUCGCAUCCGCCCGCGGCUUGCCGCGCAUGGCCGAUCGCAUCGAAGUGGACGCGGAAGCGCUGACGCUGACUGUGGCCCAGUCGCAGAAUGGCGAGGAGCUGACAGAGACCCUGCGGGUGAGUCGGGAGCAGCUGGCGCUGAGCGCGGAGGCGCUGGCGGAUGAGGCCCCGCCACCAGUCGGCUGAAGCCGCCUCGCGAGCAGCUGGUGCAGGCCUUGCGGUCGCUGCGAGGCGUGCUGGUGCGCAGCUUGGGCGGAGAAGUGCUGGGGCCCUUCAGCGCCAGGUCUGUGGGCCAGCUGAAGAAGCAGCUGGCAAAGCAUUUGAGCGCGCCCGUGCAACAGCUGCGGCUGCUGAAGGAGACGGAGGCGAGAACCUUGCGCGACUCAGAGGAGCUUCUGGCCAGCGAAGAGCCAGGCUCAGGCCUGGCAGAGGAGCUGCAGUUGAUGAUGCUCAGCUCCGCGCGUCUGAAGGCUGCAGCGCGCUUGCAGGUCACUGAAGAGUCGCUUUCGGGUCUCGAGGGCUUGGACGGCGUCUUCGGGAAGUCGGGGUGUUCGGCUGCGCUCUUCGGAUGCUUGGCAGCGGAUCUGGCGGAGCAGGCCUUGGAAGGAGUCCACUCGUUGCUGCUCACUUACGGGGCUGCCCGAAGUGGCAAGACCUUCUCACUGCUUGGGCUGGACGAAGACCCUGGGCUGCUGCCAAGGAUUUGCACGGAUCUCUUCGCGCGUGCAAAAGGAUCUGGCGAGGUGGCGGUGGCAGUAUCCUUCAUGAGCCUGCACCGGGAGGAGCUCCGGGACGAGCUGAGCCCUGCCAAGCUGCGGCUCAGGGAGUCCCCAAGCGGCCUUCGUGUGGAAGGCCUUUCGAAGCACGUGGUGGCUUCCUGUGAGGAGGCGAUGCAGCUACACAAGCGGGGAAUUGCGGCAAUGCAAGUCGAAGCCACCAACAUGGAGAUCUCCCUCUCGGAGGUCACAGCCAUCUUCACGCUGCAUGUGGCGCGUGCCGCCCGCGACACCAACGGUGAAGGUGCUAUCUCACUGGGCCAGGUGCAGGUGGUGAACUUGGCGGACACGGCCCGGCACGCCAACCCGGCACGCAGGAACAAGGCCAUCGACAGCCUACGGGAGGUGGUGCAUUGCCUCAGCAGGCCCCCGACCUUUGUGCCCUACCGGAACUCGGGCCUCACUCGGCUGCUGCAGCCGGCGCUGGCCUUUGGAGUGGUGCGGCUGCUGGGCACCGGCAAGGACCUGGAGGAGGCGGAAACCCAAGCGACGCUGCGCUUCUGUCGGGAAGCGAGGCAGGUGCUGACCGUCCCGCAGGCUCAUCACAUCGCUGCGGAUUCGGAGGAGGGCGCCUGGGGUGCUGCGCUGGCAGCCCUGAGCUCGUGCGAUGAAGCACCGGAUGACACAGACUUGGCGGAUGACCUUGCGAGCGAGCAGGAGUCGUCCAAGCCAGCGCUCAAUGAAGGAGGGGAAAAGCUCCUCUCCAAGGUGAAGAUGAAGAAGAUGACCGUUCGCGCCGUGAUGGGUGUCAGCAUGAUGGUCACCUUCGGGGGCAUCAUUUACCUAGGCCACGUGUACCUUUGCAUGCUGGUUUUCCUUCUGCAAUGCUUCAUCUUCUCGGAGCUGGUGGGGGUCAGGAAGCGGCAGGCCGCGGAGCGGCGGCUGCCGUUGUUCCGGUCCAUCCAGUGGGCCUGGUUCUUCGUGGCCUCCUUCUUCACCUGGAGCGCCAGCAUCUGCGAGUUCGUGGAGAACAGCCCCAGAUUUGUAGCAUCUUGGCCUACCGCCAGGCUGAUCCUGGAAAAGAACAUGAUGGUGUCCUUUUCCCUGUACACCAUGCUGCUGAUGGUGUCGGUGCUCAGCCUACGAAAGGGCCUCUACAAGUACCAAAUCACUCAGUACACCUGGACAGUGUUGACGAUUUGCAUCGUGGUCUUCCAGACCCAAGCGGUGUUUCACCUCAUAUAUGCCGGCCUCUUUUGGUUCGUGCUCCCCUCCUCCUUGGUGAUUUGCAACGACAUCAUGGCCUACUACUGCGGCCAGGUCUUCGGGAAGAAGCUGAUUCGGCGCAGAUUCCUGGAGCUGUCGCCCAACAAGACCUGGGAGGGCUUCCUUGGGAGCGCCUUCUUCACCAUGGUCUUUGCCUUUUUCUUCUCCCGAUACCUCUGCAACUUCAAGUGGAUGACCUGUGCGCCGGAAGAGAUGACCUUCUCGAUUCACCCCCUCUCUUGCGAGCCUGACCCGAUGUACAGACCCCAGAGCAUCGCAGAGAUCGUCUUCGAGGUGCUGCCCAGAUUGAGAGCCUCUUUGGGCAAGGUCCCUCAGCUCCAGGCCUUUGGUGAGUUGGAGAUCUGCCGGGCCCAGCUGCACGCCUUGAGCCUCGCCUUCUUCGCUUCCUUUGCAGCGCCCUUCGGGGGGUUUCUCUCCAGCGCCAUCAAGAGGGCCUACGGCAUCAAGGACUUCAACAACCUCAUUCCCGGCCAUGGGGGGAUGAUGGACCGCUUCGACUGCCAAUUUGUGAUGUUCCUUUGCACCUUUGUGCACAUCCGAACCUUCUGCACGGCGCCAGUCUCGGUAGAGAUGAUCUUGGCCAACGCGGCCAGGCUGAGCCUCGCCCAGAAGGAGACCCUCAUCCGCCGUUUGCAAGAUCAAAUCGCGAGCGCCCGCUGA